AUGGUUGUUUGGUGCUCUGAUGUAACCAAAAACAUCUGGCAUGCCGCCCUGGACAGCUGCCCCCACAGAAUGGCUCCGCUGUCUGCUGGCGUUCUGGAGACAGGCCAGCUACGUUGCCGAUAUCAUGGCUGGUGUUUCAAUGGCGCUGGAAGCUGUGUGUCCGUUCCCAUGGCCCGAAACGAUGCCGAGGAGGCGCGAAUGUGCGGGCUGGCGCGCUCCUGUCUGACGACAUUCCCAGUGCAAGUGAAGCAGGGGCUGGUGUGGAUCUUCCCUUCAGCGGGCCAAGACGCUGCGAUUCAGGCCAAGAAGUCUGCACCCUGCGUCACCCCUGAGAUGGAUGGAGCAGAAUGGAUCAUGACGGUCGCUCCUGUCGGCUACCAGGUGUCCAUGGAGAAUACGUUCGACCCAUCCCAUGCGCCGUUCCUGCACAACGGCAUUGUGAAGUACUCCGCCGAGCGGGCACAAGCCAUCACCAAGUUCGUCUUGCGAGAUGAUGUCAUUUCCGGCAAGCGGGGCUUCGUGCUACAGCACAACGGCUACGAUGAAUCAACGGAAGGCAUCUUCGCCACCCGACAGUUCGUGCCGCCAUGUUCCAACACAACCGUCUACAAAUACGCAGAUGGUCGAGUGGAGACCAACCAGGCUUACUUUGUACCCUGCAGUUCUCACGAAACUCGCUACAUUGUGAACCUCGGCUCGGGCCCGUCGCGCAG